AUGUCGUCCACCAGCAACGCCUCCAUUGACAAGUUCAACGGAGACAAUUACGCAACGUGGAGCCGGUACAUGCGCGGUGUGUUUUUGACGAAGUCCGUCUGGCACGUCGUCAACCGUGAAGUGACUCCGACUUUCACCGACCCGCGAGCGUCCGAUGACUACGUCAAGGCAAGCAACGUCGCGUUUGGUAUGAUGCUGCUGCACAUGAACGCGGACUACCAUCAUGUGCUGGACAACUGCGAGGAAGCCUGGGUUGCGUGGACAAGUCUGAAGACGCUGUACGGUGGGUCGCAGAAGGCAGGACGCAUCUACCUCAAGCGACAAAUUUUCAGUAUCAAGAUGGAUGAAGGCGCGAACGUCAUGCAUCACUGCAACGAGGUCCUCAACAUCUCCGCCAAGCUUAGCGGCAUCGGUGCGAAGAUGGAAGACGAAGACGUUGCAAUUUGUCUGCUACUCAGUCUUCCGAAGAGCUACGAAAAUGUGGUGCUCAACAUGGAAAUGAGCAGCACCGAGCUUCGCACUCAAGAUGUGGUGAGAGUCCUGACGAAUGAGCAUGCCAAGCGUCAAGGAGAAAAAGGGACAACGACAGCGACUACGGUGAAGGCUGAAGAUGCAAGCAAGGCAUUCAGCGCCGAACGUGAGCCCUACCAAUGCACGUAUUGUGGCAAGAGUGACUUAAAGGCAGGUUUCGAAAUGACAGAGAGUGGGAAGUGCGCCUUCGUGUUGAGCAUCGAGCUGGUGGACAACGACAACGUUAGCGUGACGAUGUGCCAGCGACGCUACGUGGAAGAUGUUCUCAAGCGUUUUGGCAUGAGCGACUGCAAAGCCGUCACCAGCCCAACAGACAUCAGUUCUCGACUCAUACCAAGUACCGCAGCAACUAAAAUCGACGCCCCGUUUCGUGAAGCAGUAGGCGCUCUGAUGCACUUGAUGACCGCGACACGACCGGGCAUUGCCUUUGCUGUGAGUUACGUUUCGCGCUUCAUGGAAAACCCCCAAGUCGAGCAUUGGAUGGCGUUCAAGCGCAUUUUGCAAUACUUACAAGGGACUAAGUCGCACGGUAUCUGUUUCAAGCCUGAUGACAAGAUAGACUUCUGUGGCUACUCGGAUGCAGACUGGGCCGGCGACCAUGCAGACCGCAAGUCGACUUCAGGAUAUGCGUUUAUCCUGAUGGGUGCUCCGGUGAGCUGGGGAAGCAAAAAGCAGUCAAGUGUGUCGCUGUCAACAAGUGAAGCUGAGUACAUUGCACUAAGUCUGGCGAUUCAAGAAGGCAAGUGGGUGCAUCGAUUGCUGUGCGAGAUUCUGGAUGCCGUAGAGGACAAGUCUGGACCCGAGCUCAAGAUCAUGGAAGACAACCAGUCGUGCAUCAAGAUGACGAAGAAUCCUGUGAACCAUGGUCGGGCCAAGCACAUCGACAUCAAGUACCAUCACAUUCGUGAUGAAGUCAAGCGUGGUGAUGUCAAGUUGGAGUACUGCGAGACUAAGAUUAUGUUGGCGGACAUCAUGACGAAGGGACUGCCAGGACCGCGUCACAAGGACUUGACGGCAGCGCUCGGCAUACACGCGUGUUCGCAUUGA